ACUACGUCAUCGCGCUGCAGGAAGUGCGGGGCGCUGGGCGGGGCGGGGAGCAAGCUGUUGCCGGCCGGGAAGAGCCCUGGUGAGUUCCCUACCCUGUCACGCCCCACCCCGCGGCGCGCCUCUGGUGUCUCGUGAAGGAGGCUGGAGCACUGCGUGUGUGUGGCGGGAGCAAGCGAGGGCUUGCCAGAAGACCGAGCAUGUGAUUCACGUGCUCAAACAAACGCUCGGAUUCCGGCCAUUUGUGCACUUCGUUGUGCAGGUAUCUGUAUCGUACUGGUUGCUCUAAAUAUUAAUUUUGCUUUCACUUUCCUUCCUCUUUAUCUUGGUGAAAUACUCUAAAUGCGAGCGCUCGCAUUUUGUUUCAUUCAGUGGACUGAAUUAUUUUGAGUUUACUUAACUACCGGUCUGCUUUUAGAUGUGGACUGAGUUGCUCCUUCUGGGCUGCAGGGCACGUUUCCCACUUUUCCUUCACAGAAGAAGUGCAGUGGUUAAAAUCCUGUGGCGGCAUUUGAGUACGAUGAAGUUGGAGUCGUCCGAAUUCCAUUCCCUCUUCACACCAGGACUGAAAAGAGUGGCAGAAUUAUUUGACCAAGCAAAGUAUGAACUUAGAAUAGCUGGAGGUGCCGUAAGAGACUUACUCAAUGGAAUGACACCACAGGAUAUUGAUUUUGCCACUACUGCUACCCCUACGCAGAUGAAGGAAAUGUUCCAGGCAGCAGGUGUCCGCAUGAUCAACAACAGAGGGGAAAAACAUGGAACCAUCACUGCCAGGCUGCAUGAACAGAACUUUGAAAUUACAACACUUAGAAUUGAUCUGAUUACUGAUGGGCGACACGCAGAAGUAGAAUUUACAACUGAUUGGGAAAAAGAUGCUGAAAGGAGAGAUCUCACAAUCAAUUCUAUGUUCUUAGGCUUGGAUGGGACACUUUAUGACUAUUUCAAUGGCUAUGAUGAUUUAAAAAACUACAGAGUCAGAUUUGUAGGAGAAGCAAACCAGAGAAUACAAGAGGAUUAUUUACGAAUUCUACGGUACUUCAGAUUUUAUGGAAGAAUAGCACAAAAACCUGGUGACCAUGAAUCCCAAACCCUGGACGCUAUCAAAGAAAAUGCCAAAGGUUUGGCUGGAAUAUCAGGAGAGAGGAUUUGGGUGGAGCUUAAGAAAAUCCUUGUUGGGAAUCAUGUUAACCAUCUAGUUCAUCUGAUGUAUGAACUUAAUGUGGCUGGCUACAUAGGAUUACCUGUUAAUGGGAGCUUAAAGGAAUGUGACACAGUCUGUAAAAAUGUUCAGAAUCUCUUUCCAAAACCAAUGACUGUUCUAACAUCACUGUUAAAGGUGCCAGAUGAUAUCUUGAAACUUGAUUUAAGGCUGAAAAUUUCAAAAGAAGAAAAAAACCUUGGGCUUUUUCUACUGAAGAACAGGAGAGACUUGGUCAAAGCUACUGAUUCUGCAGAACCACAUAAGCCGUAUCAAGACUUCAUUAUAGAUUCAAGGGAAUCUGACGCAAUAUCCAGUAUUUGUGAGCUUCUGAAGUACCAAGGUGAAGAGCAUCUUCUGAAGGAAAUGCAGCAGUGGUCUGUCCCUACUUUCCCUGUAAGCGGCCAUGAUAUAAGAAAACUAGGGAUUUCAUCUGGAAAAGAAAUUGGGGUACUUUUACAGCAGCUACGGAAUCAGUGGAAAAAGAGUGGAUACCAAAUGGAUAAGGAAGAACUCUUAAGCUAUGUAAAGAAGGUAUAACAUGGUUGUUAAAGAUGUAAAAUAAUUUAGUUCAUAAAAUUGUAUCAGAAUCUACAUGUAAAUAAUUUAUUAUUCUUGUUAAUCAAGAUGGCAAUUUGGUUUCAAAAGAUUUCAGAAGUGUUUUCUGUUUCUACAACUAAAACAAAAAAUUUUGCAACCAACGUUUUGUGUCUUGAUAACGUGUGAUGUUUAUUUGCCAAGUUAAAAAAAUAUAUCUUGUAAACUUUUACUGAAAUAUUGAAGUAAUUGUAUUAAAUUCAGGCUAUGAUGACA